AUGUUCCCCUGGGAACGGAAUGCAAUGAAGAAGAAGAAGAUGAUGACAAAGUUCAAGCAACAACAACAACCGAGGCAGACUCUCAAGAAUGCAGAAUUGUAUAUUGACAAUAAGAAUGAAAAUAAACAGUAUGAUUAUUUGAGCAGUAAAAACAAAAAUAAUAAUUUUAUUAACAAAAGAAACGAUGAAGUUGAGGAUGAUGCUUUUCAUCGUUGGCUGUCAUCCAAUGAGACACAUUUCAUAAACAACAAGUACGAUGAUUUCCAUAAUGGCAACGGCAUUGAGAAAACGGUUUUUGAUUUAAAAGAAUUGAAAGUUCUUAAUAAUACCAACAAAGUGCAAGAAGCGCCAUCAACUACAAUUAUUGUUGGUACCAUACCGACUAGAGUAGCGAAGAAAAGUGACAGAGACAAGGAAUCAAAUAAAAACAUAUAUACAGAGUCGGAAAAUGGCUUUCUAGGUACUGCUUACAAUGACUAUGGAAGCGAAUUCAAUGACAGCGUGAUAAAUAUUGACAUUUUACUAACAGAAGCCGAUGAGUCACGACGUGUUGAACAACAGACACAGGAAACGCAAAAUUAUGAAGAUAUGCAGAAGGAAAUAAUAAUAGUGGAAGCGGAUUUAAUUUUACGUCCUUCUGUUGCAGAAACAACGUCGCCAGUUUCGAAUGCAAUAAGAGCAAUGCCAACGAGCCACAACAAUAGUUCUCCAAUUAAUUUAAUGUCAACAACAAAUGAGGCACCCGUUAUUGAUACUUCAAAUAAAUUAAUUGCAGAUGCACUGAAUGUGGUGAAUAAAACAGCAGCAACAAAUGGAUUAAGUCCAGAUAAACAGUGCAACGUGAUGGGUAUAUUUUAUCAGAUUGGUGAUAUUUUGCCACAGGAUGUUGGAAAUUGCCUGCAAUGUAUUUGCACAGAAAGUUCAAUCGGUGAUGAUACACCUAGUGUAACUUGUAGCCCACAUAAUUGCCCACCACUUGUGUUGCCAGACUUAUUUGAGAACACAGUUUAUUGAGAUGUUUAAAUGAACAGUAAAAGAGUAUCAACAGGUCUUGACGCAUAAUUUAACUUAACCUAUCUGUGAAAAAUGGCUUUAAGUAAAACAGUAGUGCCGUAACUAAUGUAUGUUUUGCUUGUGAAUUAACUCCACAAAAGUUGAUGUUAAAGGAAGGACCAAAGUUUUUGAAAGGAUUCAUAGUCAAAGUUGUAUGCAUCAAAAAAGGCGACUACCACAAAAUAAGCAGUGAACAAUCAUUUUUGAUGAAACAUAGCCUGGAGAAGAUAUAAACUUAAAUGCUGUCUCAGUGAAAGCAAACGUUCAUUAAUGACACUUCGAUUAAAAUGAAGUAUUUUUCUCUUGGUUGCUGAUCUCAAACCGAAAAAUUGAAACUUUAAUGGGUUAAUAAAAUAUGUUUCUUAUUGAGCGGUAUGAGCUUCAUAUCUUCAGCAAAUUACUACGAAUAAAUAGAUUGAAAAUAUUCUCAUAUUCUUCACCGAAUUCUUCAUCCUUCUCUAUCGCAAAAAGGAAUGCUUCAAAUACUUGCAUGAAAUAAAAGCGUUGUUUUCCCACU